UUCUCUGCAAGCUCUUUCCUGUCAUCCUUCUCCCUUAGUGUUUAUAUACCGGCUUUUUUAUUUUUAGUUUUCCUUCUGAAAGUAGAGAAAAAUUUUCAGCCAAGAAGGCAAGUCAAAGAUGUCAUCACUUGCUGGCAGCUGAACAAUGGAAAUGAUCAGAAAAGAACCUCUUUUAUGGGAAACUCGAGUGUCCUACUAUAAGAAUUAGAGACAGGACUGAGCAGAGAUGAGAAAGGAAGGCAAGAAAAGGCGGAAAAGGAAAGAAGACAAGAAGCGAGUGGUGGUUUCCAACCUGCUCUUUGAAAGAUGGGCCCACAAAGAGAACCCCAACAGACAUUAUUGUGGGAAUCAAAUCAAGACCAGCAAGUACACUGUGUUGUCCUUUAUACCCAAGAACAUCUUCGAGCAGCUGCACCGGUUUGCCAACUUCUAUUUUGUGGGCAUCGUGGUUCUGAAUUUUAUCCCCGUGCUCAAUGCAUUCCAGCCAGAGGUGAGCGUGAUACCAAUCUGUAUCAUCCUGGCGGUCACUGCCAUCAAGGAUGCUUGGGAAGACCUCCGGAGGUACAAAUCUGAUAAAGUGAUCAAUAGCCGAGAGUGCCUCGUCUAUAGCAGGAAAGAGCAGAGCUACGUGCAGAAGUGCUGGAAGGAUGUACGUGUGGGGGACUUCAUCCAGAUGCAGUGCAACGAGAUCAUCCCAGCUGACAUACUUCUCCUCUUCUCCUCGGACCCCAGUGGGGUCUGCCAUCUGGAAACUGCCAACUUGGAUGGAGAGACCAACCUCAAACAGAGGCGGGUUGUGAAGGGCUUCUCACAGCAGGAGGUACAGUUCCAACCAGAGCAUUUCCACAACACCAUCGUGUGUGAGAAGCCCAACAACCACCUCAACAAAUUUAAGGGUUAUAUGGAACAUCCCGAUCAGACCAGGACAGGCUUUGGCAGUGAGAGUCUUCUGCUUCGAGGCUGCACCAUCAGAAACACUGAAGUGGCUGUUGGCAUUGUCAUCUACACAGGCCAUGAGACGAAAGCCAUGCUGAACAACAGCGGCCCGCGGUACAAACGCAGCCAGAUCGAGCGGCGCAUGAACAGAGACAUCUUCUCCUGCAUCGGCAUCCUCUUCCUCAUGUGCCUCAUUGGAGCUGUAGGUCACGGCCUCUGGAAUGGAACCUUCACAGAGCACCCUCCCUUUGACGUGCCAGACGCCAAGGGCAACUACCUUCCCCUUGCUCUUGGGGGCUUCUACAUGUUCCUCACCAUGAUCAUCCUGCUCCAGAUACUGAUCCCAAUCUCCCUGUACGUGUCCAUUGAGCUGGUGAAGCUCGGGCAAGUCUUCUUCCUGCACAACGACCUUGACCUGUAUGAUGAAAAGACUGACUUGUCCAUUCAGUGUCGAGCCCUCAACAUCACUGAGGACUUGGGUCAGAUCCAGUACAUCUUCUCCGACAAGACAGGAACGCUGACCGAGAACAAGAUGGUGUUCCGGCGUUGUACCAUCAUGGGCCACGAGUAUUCUCACCAAGAAAAUGCUAAGCGACUAGAGACCCCAAAGGAGCUGGACUCAGACAGUGAAGAGUGGACCCAAUACCGGUGCUUGUCCUUCCCAGCCCGAAGGGACCAGGGCCCAGCAGCAAUGAGGGGCCAAGGAGGGUCCCAGCCUCUGAGGAGGAGCCAGAGUGCUCGUGUACCCAUCCAGGGCCACUCACGACAGCGGUCUAUGGGGCGCUGUGAAAUCUCACAGCCCUCUGUGGCCUUUAGCAGCUCCAUAGAGAAAGACGUGACUCCAGAUAAAAAUCUCCUGUCCAAGGUGCGAGACGCAGCUCUGUGGCUGGAGACCCUGUCAGAUGGCAGAACCCCCAAGCCUUCCCUUGCCACUGCCUCCUCCAUUGCUGACUUCUUCCUUGCCUUAACCAUCUGCAACUCUGUCAUGGUCUCCACGACUACCGAGCCCCGGCAGAGGGUCACCAUGCCACCCUCAACCAAGGCUCUGGGGACAUCCCUGGAGAAGAUCCAGCAGCUGUUCCACAGGUUGAAGCUUUCAAGCCUCAGUCAGUCCUUCUCAUCCACUGCACCCUCCGACAUGGACCUAGGGGAGAGCUUGGGGGCCAACAUCCCCACCACGGACUCGGAAGAGAGAGAUGACGGGUCAGUGUGCAGCGGUGGCUAUUCCACUGACGGCGGCUACAAGAGCAGCACGUGGGAGCAGGGCGACAUCCUGGGGGCAGGGCCGGGGGCCUCCCUGGAGGAGGUGCUGCAGGCCCCAGCCCUCAGCCUGGCUGGUCCCGAGCUCUGUUAUGAGGCUGAGAGCCCUGACGAGGCUGCCCUAGUGCAUGCUGCCCGUGCCUACAGCUUCACACUGGUGUCCCGGACACCCGAGCAAGUGACCGUGCGCUUGCCCCAGGGCACCUGCCUCACCUUCGAUGUCCUCUGCACCCUGGAGUUCGACUCUGUCAGGAAGAGGAUGUCUGUGGUCGUGAGGCACCCGCUGACCGGUGAGAUCGUCGUCUAUACCAAGGGCGCCGACUGCGUUAUCAUGGACCUGCUGGAAGACCCGGGCUGCAUGAAUGACUCUGAUGUGGAAAAGAAGAUGAGGAAAAUCCGAACCCGGACCCAGAGGCAUCUAGACUUGUAUGCGAGAGACGGCCUUCGAACACUGUGUAUCGCCAAGAAGGUCUUGAGUGAAGAGGACUUCAGGCGAUGGGCCAGUUUCCGGCGUGAGGCUGAGGCAUCCCUCAACAACAGAGAUGAGCUUCUCAUGGAGACAGCACAGCAUCUGGAGAAUCAACUCACCUUACUCGGAGCCACUGGGAUUGAAGACCGGCUGCAGGAAGGUGUUCCAGACACCAUCGCUGCUCUGCGGGAGGCUGGGAUCCAGCUCUGGGUCUUGACUGGAGAUAAGCAGGAGACUGCGGUCAACAUCGCCUAUGCAUGCAGACUCUUAGACCAGACGGACACCGUUUACUCCAUUAACACAGAGAGUCAGGAAACGUGCAACUCCAUCCUCAACUUGGCACUGGAAGAGGUAAAGCAAUGCCAUGGACCUCUGAAGCCAGGCGGCAAGCUCUCUGGGUUCCGUCUACCUUCUGCGACACCACCCCCCGCCUCAGGAGCUCCGGCUCCAGAUGUUGGAUUGGUCAUCGACGGGAAGACGCUAAAUGCCAUUUUCCAGGGAAAACUGGAGGAGAAAUUUCUGGAGUUGACCCGGUAUUGCCGCUCUGUCCUGUGCUGCCGCUCCACCCCGCUGCAGAAGAGCAUGUUGGUCAAGCUGGUGCGGGACAGGCUGAGAGCCAUGACCCUUUCCAUAGGUGAUGGAGCAAAUGAUGUAAGCAUGAUUCAAGCUGCCGAUAUUGGGAUUGGAAUAUCUGGACAGGAAGGCAUGCAGGCUGUCAUGUCCAGCGACUUUGCCAUCUCCCGCUUCAGACACCUCAAGAAGCUGCUGCUUGUGCAUGGCCACUGGUGUUACUCACGCCUGGCCAGGAUGGUGGUAUACUACUUCUACAAGAACGUGUGCUACGUCAACUUGCUCUUCUGGUACCAGUUCUUCUGCGGCUUCUCUGGCUCCACCAUGAUUGACUACUGGCAGCUGAUCUUCUUCAACCUCUUCUUCACUUCCUUGCCUCCUCUUGUCUUCGGAGUCCUGGAUAAAGACAUCUCUAUGGAAACACUCUUGGCAUUGCCCGAACUGUACAAGAGCGGCCAGAACUCCGAGUGCUAUAACCUGCUGACUUUCUGGAUCUCCAUGGCGGAUGCGUUCUACCAGAGCCUCGUCUGUUUCUUUAUCCCCUACCUGACCUACAAGGACUCUGAUAUCGACGUUUUUACCUUUGGGACACCCAUCAACACCAUCUCCCUUGCCACAAUCCUCUUGCACCAGGCAAUGGAAAUGAAGACCUGGACCAUCAUCCACGGGCUUGUUCUCGCAGGCAGCUUCCUGAUGUACUUUGUGGUGUCCCUUGUGUACAAUGCCAUCUGCGUCACCUGCAACAGCCCCACCAACCCCUACUGGGUGAUGGAAGGCCAGCUCUCAGACCCCACGUUCUACCUUGUCUGCUUCCUCACACCGGCCGUGGCUCUUCUCCCAAGGUACUUUUUCCUGACUCUUCAAGGGGCAUAUGGGAAGUCUCCAAUCCUAAGAGCUCAGAAAAUUGACAGACUCCCUGUGGACAAAAGAGAGCUGGAAAUCCAGAGCUGGAGAAGCCAUCAGAGGCCGGCCACCAUCCCUGGAGAGGCCCAUCCCACCAACCGUUUGGGGUCACCUGCCUCAGGUCAGAGCUUCAGAAGCAGCACCCCAAAGAAUUUGAGCCCUGCCGAGCGGAGGUACAAGGAGGACUGGGUACUGCCUGGAGAAAGAUGCAGUAGAGACCACACAAGGGACGACCCAUACUCAGGGGACUCCUGGGCUAAAUUCUCAUCUGGGGAGCACCUGCUCUUGGAGCCUAGUAGGAUGAUGGCAUCCGGACAGACUAACUCGAACCGGCCCUUCAGCCGGGGCAGCCACCGCCGAUCCCAGAGCUCACUGACCAUAUGAGGGGCCUACAGACAUCUGUAUACACUCAGAGGAGGCCACCUGAUCAGUGGCUUAAUUAACCGUGACUCUUCCUCAAGGAGGAAAGAAUGUGCCAGUCUUACUCUCUUCUCCCCACCCUUAGAGGACGUGCUGGCCCAAGGAGUUUAACAAAAAAGAACUGGAAAUCAGUCAACCUCUAGUUUUGUCCUGCUGCCAGGCAGCACAUCUUGUAAAUGGUUUUUUAUAAGGAGAUUAUAUUUCUAUUGCAUUGAGUUUUUUCAUUCUUUAGCCUGGAGAGAUUCUCUGACCCUCUGGAUAAUGACAGCCUACGAACCAAUGCAACUGGGUUGCAUCAGAUUCCAAGAUGCCAAGAAGUGUCUUGACCCAGCUGAUCUCUCAAGAUCUGGAAGUUUCUGGCCUUCUCAAACCAUCACCUUGUCCCUUAGUGCCAAGAGUCCAAGUUUCAGAAGAGUCUCAUACACACAAGUGCCUCAUUUCAAGAGUAUCACAGGAACGGUCAUGUCAGGGUUAACAUCUCUUCCAUCCUCAGAGUUGGGUCUGCUCUAAGCCAAAGAAAAGGACAUCUGAAGAUUACAACCAGAUUUGAACUCGGAGCCACAGACACUUCCAAAGGUGGUAAGGCCACAGCUAGUGUAGGAGCAGCAAGAAAACAAGCACGUGAAAGUGAACAGGGGCACUGGUAACCCCAUGCUUUAGCUAAUAGGCCACGUGUCCCACGGUCUGGGGAAUCCACCCAGAGGACAUAGGCAGCACUCUUCUUUAAGAUAUGUAUUUUAUUUAUUUUUAAAUAAAAGUAGAAAUAUCCCCAAGUUCUCCAAAGUCUGCCUUACACCAUUUCCCUUUAAGGAAAAACCUAUAUUAGUACCGAUUGUUGUAACCAAAAGAAAUCCAAAGAGAAUUUUUCCUCUUACCAAAACAAAGGCAAAAAGAGCAUUCAGCAUUCAUUUUGCAGCCAGUGGUUAGAGGUGCAGGCUACCUCUACCCAAGCAUUCAGUGGCGCUGCCAACCUCCUUCCCUGGGAACUGCAUAGCACCUCAGAAUCAAACUGCCAUAGCUUUGAACUCUGUCUGAGCAUCUGUGCCUUAUCUCAAUUUAUUUUGUACAUCUGUUAGCAAGAUAUAUCCUAAGGUAACUGCUUCUUUGUUUAUACCAUUUCAGCUUAUGAAAUUUUUCAUAGUAACGCUCUACUUUCAGACUGCAGGGGAAACCUGUACCCAUCCUCAUUCUGCUCUCAGAAAAAGGCAAACUCCAAGAUCAAACUUUUGCACAGCUGAACCCAGAGUAGACAACCCAGAUGAGAGAGCAACUCUGAGCCCAAACAACAGCAUCUGAAAGAGUAGAACCAAUGUUAAACCCCAUUCAUCCAGAACAUCACGGGCUUCAGCUGAACAAGGGAGAGCCAGGGGAAGUCUCACUUCACAGGAAAAAGAAGAACUACAUAGACGACUUGUAUGGAAAACAGUGUUGGGAUAAAAGAAUGGAUGAUAAUAUUCUAAUGCAUUGUCAAGAGAAGCAAGCUCUACAAUGGGCAAGGAUAGCCUGUCCAAGGAUAGCCCAGCCUUUUAAGGUGAGUACUCGCCUUAAGGUGGUACCUAGAUACUGAGCAAAAAGUAUUGAUACAAGGGUGGAAACAAUUGUGGCAAGUCACAGCCACCCCAUGAAUUGACGUCACUUGAACAACUUCUUAGCAAAAGCACCCAAAAAGAGCUCAGCAAUCAAGCCAACAGAUGGCAGAGUGAGCUGGUCUCCUGACCAUCCUGCUGGCAAACCUUAACUGGAAGGGCCAUUUGGGGCAUCAUCCUGAGUCAAUACACUGGAUCUCUCUCACUGACUUUGCCACAUAAUGGCGCCAGCUCUGGCCAGCUGGUGGGGCUUCAGGGGAAUCCUUCAUGAGGACGGCUCAAGGAGGAGCAGGUGAAUGUAUCAGGCAAAGCAGUAAUAAUAUAAAUUGUCCCAAGUGAGGGGACUGAGCCAAAGCUUGGAUCUCAGGAUCCUUGCUUUUCCUUUAUGAUUCCUGUCUACUCCUGAAAGCCAGAUGAGACAGGUGGGACAUUUCAGAAAAGCACAGAGUAGUGAAAAGAGCGCUGCCCUCAGGAGAUGGAGAUGCGAGCCUUUUCUCUGCCCCAUAUUCUCUAGGGGCCAGGAGCAUUGACGGGGCAUGCUUCCCCUGUCCUGCCUCCCAGACUCGGCGUAAGGAUCAAGUGAAAAUUCCAUGGGGUUGUUCAAACCCUUUGAAAGCUGUGAUAUCCUUGAUAAUAACACAGGGAUUUUUAUUUGAGAGCUAAGAGGAAGAAAAAUCAUGGAGAAAAGUUGAGAAAACAGCACCUGUACAUAAAUGCCAAUGCACACCUGACACUCUCAUCCUGCUCGCUCUCUUGCAUAACUAAGCAUCCCAGUUUGCCUGGGCUUUUCCGUUUUAGCACUGAAGGCCCCACAGCCUGGGAAAUUCCUCAGUCCUGGGCCGACCAGGCCAACUGGUCACCUACUCUUACCCUUUUUUGUGAAGCAAACCAACUGUGUCCGUCCAAGUGCCAUCUUAGGGGAAAAGGUUAUAACAACUAUUUCUCUGUAACAUAAUGCUAAUGAUUGUAAUUAAUACAUUUUUAUACAUUCAUGACCUUUUACAGAUUGACUGGGAAUAUAUUAUCCUUUAUUAAAAGAAAAAAUAAACAUGGU